AUGGGGGGCAGCCUGCGGGUGGCGGUGCUGGGCGCUCCGGGCGUGGGCAAGACGGCCAUCAUCCGCCAGUUCCUGUUCGGUGACUACCCUGAGCGCCACAGGCCCACGGACGGGCCGCGCCUCUACCGGCCCGCGGUGCUGCUCGACGGCGCCGUCUACGACCUGAGCAUCCGCGACGGCGACGGUGCUGGCCCCGGUCAGAGCCCCGGGGGGCAAGAGGAGUGGCCGGACUCUAAAGACUGGAGCUUGCAGGACACGGACGCCUUCGUGCUUGUCUACGAUAUCUGCAGCCCGGACAGCUUCGACUAUGUGAAGGCGCUGAGGCAGCGCAUCGCGGAGACCAGGCCAGCGGGCGCACCUGAAGCGCCCAUUCUCGUGGUGGGCAACAAGCGGGACCGGCAGCGGCUGCGCUUCGGGCCUCGGCGCGCACUGGCUGCCCUGGUGCGCAGGGGCUGGCGCUGCGGAUACCUCGAGUGCUCCGCCAAGUACAAUUGGCACGUGCUGCGACUCUUCCGCGAGCUGCUGCGCUGCGCGCUAGUGCGCGCACGCCCUGCGCAUCCAGCUCUGCGCCUGCAAGGGGCGCUGCACCCGGCGCGCUGCAGCCUCAUGUGAUCGAAUUGGAAAAACGCCGCUUACGGGGGGAGGGGCCUUCUAGUUAACUGGAACAACCGGGGACCUGGAUUGGACGAGAUUGCCCAACUUCUUUCGGAUUGGACAGGACAAGCCUCCUCCCUGAUUGGCUGAAGAACACUCCCACCCAUUCUCCUGGGCAACAGGCUUCUCUUUGAAUCUCACUGGGCCCAACCAGGCCCCAUUGGACAAAUCAGUCCUUUCUGGGACCUCACUGGGUCACGAUUCCAUUGGAUGAAAAGGACUUGGCUAUGAAUCUGAUUGGACGUGCUCAGGCUGCUCUUGGAGUUUCAUUGGACCAACUGUUAAGUCACACCUCCCGGGAGGAAAUA